AUGCCCAAUCUUCGUUUAUUGUUUUCUGGAGGCUCCGAAGCUUUGUUUGGUGAUAAAAAGGAGCAUGUGGUCAAUAUCGAUGGAAAUGUUACCGUGAAGGAUUUAAUCAGAUGGGUUGUGGAUAAUCUACUGGAAGAUAAAAGCCGGGCACCUCUUUUUGAAGACAAUGGCACUGUCAGGCCAGGGAUCUUGGUAAUGGUAAAUGACGUCGACUGGGAGAUUACUGGUGGGGUAUGUUUUUUUAAACUUUUACAAAUUUGCUGAUGGUAUAGGUCAGCUACUCUUUGAAUGAGGCUUUUCAAUUAGGCGAGAAUGGUUUAUUGACUUCGAUUAACUUUCCGACUUUUAGUUGAGCACCGCAUUGAAAGAGAACGAUGAGAUUUCAUUUAUUUCUACUCUUCAUGGUGGAUAA